AGUUUCUCUUCUCGGCCACCUCCCACAUAGAGGGUAUCCAUUCUGCGCUGCUGCAAAUUGCAGAAUGAAAAAUUAGAAAGAACCACAGGAACAUGGAAAACAUGUUCCUUCAGUCAUCAGUGCUGAUCUGCUUUUUCCUGCUAAUAUCUGGUUCCUAUGAGUUAUUCACUGAAGAAAAUUAUUCUAGAAGCUAUCCUUGUGAUGAGAAAAAGCAAAAUGGCUCUGUUAUUGCAGAGUGCAGCAAUCGUCGACUACAUGAAGUUCCCCAAACGGUGGGCAAAUAUGUGACAGAACUAGACCUGUCUGAUAAUUUCAUCACACACAUAACGAAUGAAUCAUUUCAAGGGCUGCAAAACCUCACUAAAAUAAAUCUAAACCACAACCCCAAUGUUCAGCACCAGGACAGAAAUCCUGGUAUACAGUCGAAUAUCUUGAAUAUCACAGAUGGGGCAUUCCUCAACCUAAAAAACCUAAGGGAAUUACUGCUUGAAGACAACCAAUUACCCCAAAUACCCUCUGGUUUGCCAGAGUCUUUGACAGAACUUAGUCUAAUUCAAAACAAUAUAUACAACAUAACCAAAGAGGGCAUUUCGAGACUUGUACACUUGGAAAGUCUCUAUUUGGCCUGGAACUGCUAUUUUGACAAAGUUUGUAAUAAAACUAACAUAGAAGAUGGGGUAUUUGAAACGUUGACAAAUUUGCAGGUGCUAUCACUAUCUUUCAAUUGUCUUUCCCAUGUGCCACCCAAACUGCCAAGCUCCCUACGCAAACUUUAUUUGAGCAACACGCAGAUCAAAAACAUUAGUGAAGAAGAUUUCAAGGGACUGACAAAUUUGAUAUUACUGGAUUUAAGCGGGAACUGUCCGAGGUGCUUCAAUGCCCCAUUUCCAUGCGUACCUUGUCAUGGAGGCGCUUCAAUUAAUAUACAUAGUUUUGCCUUUCAAAACUUGACUCAACUUCGAUACCUAAACCUGUCUAGCACUUCCCUCAGGAAGAUUGAUGCUGCCUGGUUUAAAAAUAUGCCUUAUCUGAGGGUGCUGGAUCUUGAAUUCAACUAUUUAAUGAAAGAAAUAGCCUCCGGGGCGUUUUUAACGAUGCUGCCCCGCUUAGAAAUACUUGACUUGUCUUUUAACUAUGAAAAGGGGAGUUAUCCACAGCACAUUAAUAUUUCCAAAAACUUCUCUAAACUUUUGUCUCUACGGGCAUUGCAUUUAAGAGGUUAUGUGUUCCAGGAACUCAGAAAAGAAGACUUCCAGCCCCUGAUGGAGCUUCAAAACUUAUCGACUAUCAACUUGGGUAUUAAUUUUAUUAAGCAAAUCGAUUUCACCCUUUUCAAAAAUUUCCCCAAACUGGAAGUCAUUUACUUGUCAGAAAACAGAAUAUCACCAUUGGUAAAAGAUGCCAGGCAGAGUUAUGCAAAUGGUUCCUCUUUUCAACGUCACAUCCUGAAGCGACGCUCUACAGAUUUUGAGUUUGACCCACAUUCGAAUUUUUAUCAUUUCACUCGACCUUUAAUAAAGCCACAAUGUACUGCUUAUGGCAAAGCCUUAGAUUUAAGCCUCAACUCUAUUUUCUUCAUUGGGCCAAAGCAAUUUGAAAAUCUUCCUGACAUUGCCUGUUUAAAUCUGUCUGAAAAUAGCAAUGCUCAAGUGUUAAGUGGAACCGAAUUUUCAGCCGUGCCUCACGUCAAGUAUUUGGAUUUGACAAACAAUAGACUAGACUUCGAUAAUGCUAGCGCUCUUACUGAACUGUCUGACUUGGAAGUUCUAGAUCUCAGUCAUAAUUCACACUAUUUCCGAAUAGCAGGGGUAACACAUCAUCUAGAAUUUAUUCAAAAUCUUACAAAUCUAAAAGUUUUAAACUUGAGCCACAACAACAUUUAUACUUUAACGGAUAAGUACAACCUGGAAAGCAAGUCCCUGGUAGAAUUAGUUUUCAGUGACAAUCGCCUUGACAUUUUGUGGAAUGGUGAUGAUAACAGGUAUAUCUCCAUUUUCAAAGGUCUCACGAAUCUGACACGGCUUGAUUUAUCCUAUAAUAAGCUCAAGCAUAUCCCGAAUGAAGCAUUCCUUAAUUUGCCAGCGAGUCUCACCGAAUUACAUAUAAAUAAUAAUAUAUUACAGUUUUUUAACUGGACAUUACUCCAGCAGUUUCCUUGUCUCAAGUUGCUUGACUUACGUAGAAACAAAUUAUUCUUUUUAACUGAUAGCCUAUCUGAUUUUACAUCUUCCCUUCAGACACUGCUGCUGAGUCAUAACACGAUUUCCCACCUGCCCUCUGGCUUUCUUUCUGAAGUCAGUAGUCUGGCACACAUCGAUUUAAGUUACAACCAGCUAAAAAUGAUCAACCAAUCUGCACUUGAAACUAAGACCACCACCAAUUUAUCUAUUUUGGAACUACACGGAAACGAGUUUGAAUGCACCUGUGACAUAGGAGAUUUCCGAAGAUGGAUGGAUAAACAUCUGAAUGUCACAAUUCCCAGGCUGGUAGAUGUCAUUUGUGCCAGUCCUGGGGAUCAAAGAGGGAAGAGUAUUGUGAAUCUGGAGCUAACAACUUGUGUUUCAGAUGUCACUGCAGUGAUAUUAUUUCUCUUCACCUUCUUUAUAACCACCAUGGUUAUGUUAGCUGCCCUGGCUCACCAUUUAUUUUAUUGGGAUGUUUGGUUUAUCUAUAAUGUGUGUUUAGCUAAGGUAAAAGGCUACAGGUAUCUUUCCACAUCCCAAACUUUCUAUGAUGCUUACAUUUCUUAUGACACCAAAGAUGCCUCUGUUACUGACUGGGUGAUAAAUGAGCUGCGCUACCACCUGGAAGAGAGUCAAGACAAAAACGUUCUCCUUUGUCUAGAGGAGAGGGAUUGGGACCCGGGACUGGCCAUCAUCGAAAACCUCAUGCAGAGCAUCAAUCAAAGCAAGAAAACAGUAUUUGUUUUAACAAAAAAAUAUGCAAAAAGCUGGAACUUUAAAACAGCGUUUUACUUGGCUUUGCAGAGGCUAAUGGAUGAGAACAUGGAUGUGAUUAUAUUUAUCCUGCUGGAGCCAGUGUUACAGCAUUCUCAAUAUUUGAGGCUCCGGCAGCGGAUCUGUAAGAGCUCCAUCCUCCAGUGGCCUGACAACCCAAAGGCAGAAGGCUUGUUUUGGCAAACUCUAAGAAAUGUGGUCUUAACUGAAAAUGAUUCACGGUAUAAUAAUAUGUAUGUUGAUUCUAUUAAGCAAUACUAACUGAUGUUAAGUCCUGGUUUUGCCCCAUAAUAAAAAUAAAAAAGAAUGACAUUUCUGUCUUAGUCAUCUAUUGCUAUGUAACAAAUUACCCCAAAACUUAGUGGUUUAAAACAAGACAUUUGCUAGCCCAGAGUUUUUGAGGGUCAGCAGUCCAGGCACAGCAUAACUGGGUCCUCUGCUCAGGGUGUCUCAGAGGCUGCAAUGUAGGUGUCCACCAGAGGCACAGGCAUCUCUGGGAUCACAUCCAUGUGGUUGUUUUCUGGAUUCAAUUCCUCCUGGGCUAUUGGCCAAAGGCUAUGCUCAUGUGAGCUAUGUGAACCUCUCCCACAAGGCAGCUUGCUUCUUCAGAGCUAGCAAAAAAAGAGAGGUUGCUUGUAAGAUGAAGUCACAAUCUUUCAUAAUCUAAUCAGAAAAGUGAUAUCCCAUCACUUUGGCUAUAUUCUAUUUGUCAGAAGUAAACCACAGGUCUGACCAGUUCCACGGGAGUGACCACCUCAGUCCAGGGAAAACAACUGAAGACCAAGAUGGUGAGCUGUGAUUGCCUCAGUUGGUCAAAAACUAUUUUCUCUUGACUGUCGUCCUGGCAUGGCCUGCUAUCUUGGUCAUAGAUUGUGAAUAUCAGGAGGCAGGGAUCACUGUGGACCAUCUUAGUAGUUGACCUAAUACACCUUCUUUUCAAUAUCUGAGAACUUUUGCCACUGUGACUAAUGGUCCUAAUAUUAAGCUGCUGUUCAGAUUUAUCACAUAUCUAUGGCUACAUGGUAAUAUUAUGCUGUGGUUGCAUUUGGUUUUAUUUACAGUUGCUUUUACAAAUAUUUGCUAUAAUAUUUGACUUCUAAGGGUUAGAUGCCAUUUAAGAACUGAGAUGGAUAGUUUUUAAAGUGUCUUUUACUUCUUAACCAUUUUUUUAAAGUAUGCAGCUAAAUUUGAAGCUUUUGGUGUAUUUUGUUAAUUGCCAUUGCUGUAAAUCUUGAAAUGAAUAAAUAAAAAUAUUUCAUUUCACAA